AUGAUUCAAGCACAGAUGCGGUUUGGUGCAACUGGGCAGGGCAAAAAAAGUUUCAACCAUCAUGAAUGUUGGGAGGUGGUGAAAUAUUGCAAACGCUUCAGAAUUAUUCCCACGGGUCCAGCCGUUGUGUUAAACGAGACGUCACUCCGUGAUUCAAUGACAUGGGAUUCACCUGUCGAUUCCCCUAUGAGUCAAGACUCACCCAUCGAAAAGGAGCUGAGGCCCAUUGGCCAAAAGGCUACGAAGGCAAAGAAAGCGGGUAAUUCGAGGAAUAAUAAUUCAAAAUUUUUGGAGGAAAUUGCAAGGCAGAAUGCCAUAAGAAUUGAAAUGUAG